UCAUUUAAUUAGUGCAGAAUCGGUACUAACAUUCAAUGUAAACUUAUGUUGGCAGCUGUUGAUUCUGAUGAAGAUUUUAGCUCUGACGAUGACAAUGUUACCGGUACUAGCUCCAUGCCGCAUCCAUCAAAUGAGUAUUAUGAUAUUGGCGAUCCACUAUUUGAAUGUCGAUAUUGCUCGGCAUUAAUGUGGUAUCAAGAGAGGAUGGAGAAACACAAGCACUCGGCAAAUCCUAAAUAUUCAUUGUGUUGUGGUAACGGGAAAGUUGAGUUACCUUUCUUGAAAACACCGCCUCCUGAUCUAACAAAACUGCUUUUUGAUCAUGAUUCACUAAUCAGCAGAAAAUUCCAACAACAAAUACGAGUUUACAACAUGAUGUUCGCAUUCACAUCUCCUGGUGCCAAGUUGGAUAACAAGUACAACAAUGGUUGUGGACCACCCACAAUACGCAUUCAAGGUCAAUCUUGCCAUCAAAUCGGGAGUCUGUUACCAGCACAGGGGCAAAAACCAAAGUUCGCACAACUAUACGUCUAUGGCACCGAAAAUGAAGUUGAAAAUAGAAUGGAUGGUCUAAGGUAAUUAUGCAUAUUUUUAGUUCAGCUCCCAUACACAUUUGUAGUUUAUCUGUUUUGGUCAAUAAUUCUUUUCUCCAUUUAUUAUUAGGAAUUCCACAGAUAUUGAUCCAUCCAUUGUUCAACAACUUUCUGCAAUGUUGUACAGACAUAACGCACAUGCAAAAAGCUUCCAAAUGGCAAGGGAAAGAAUUAACAAUGAUAACGUCCACAACUUAAAGUUGAGACACAUUUCUGAUUGCAAAACAGAUGGUAGGAUCUACAAUCAACCUACUGUGUCUGAAGUUGCAGCGUUAAUUGUUGGUGAUGUUGACACUGCAGAGGAAAGGGACAUUAUUAUGGAAAAAAGAAGUGGAAAACUUAAAAGAAUA